AUGAAAUAUACUACUAAUGAAACAAAUUACAGUGAAGAAUCUAUACCAGAAAUGUCAAUACAGAAGAGUACUAAACUACUUACCACUACUAUAAUGGCAACACCAAGCAACCAGACAAAAGAAAUACCAAAAAGAUAUCUAAUUGAAAAAAA